AUGUCCCUUGUUCCGCCUGGAGGCGCGGACUCUCCGAGUCCCCGGCGUGCUGUCAGCCCUUUACUGGAGAUGCGAAGACCACACUGCACGUUGGCCUGCGACUAUUGCGCGGCCAUCUUGGAGGAUAAGUUCAAACGCAGUUCUGAAACUAGAAACCGUGGCACUUCGCCAUUAUCAGCCUCCCCACGUCAAUCUCUUACUGGAGAACCACCUUGGACCCUGCCAGAUGACGAUCGUCCCGAUUUCUCAGCUUUGAAAGAAAAUAUACAUAAGAUCAACAAGGACUGUGAAACAUCAACACGUUUGGAUAUGUUGCUCACUCAAGUGGAGCAAUACGCCAACAAUCUCGAAGCACUGGUCGAAGAAAGGACUUCAGAUUACUUGGAGGAGAAACGAAAAUGCGAAGAGCUUCUUUAUCAGCUGCUACCCAAGUCUGUGGCAUCUCAACUGAUAAUGGGACAACCAGUUAUGGCUGAAACAUACGAUCAAGUUACAAUCUACUUUAGUGACAUCAUUGGCUUCACUCAGCUCUCCGCGGAAUCCACUCCUCUUGAAGUGGUGGAUUUAUUGAACGAUUUGUACACGAAUUUCGAUUCCAUCAUUGAAAAUUUUGAUGUUUACAAGGUAGAAACAAUAGGUGAUGCGUAUAUGGUGGUCUCGGGUCUUCCGAUGCGCAACGGUAACCGUCACGCUGCUGAGAUCGCUCGCAUGUCUCUGGCUCUCCUCGGAGCGGUGCGCGUGAAGACAGUUCCUCACAGACCAGGAGAACGGCUGCUCUUGAGAAUCGGGAUGCAUACUGGUCCAUGUGUGGCUGGUGUGGUUGGCUUAAAGAUGCCAAGAUAUUGCCUGUUCGGCGAUACGGUGAAUACUGCUUCAAGAAUGGAGUCACAUGGCGAAGCCCUACGAAUACACGUCAGUCCCAAAACCAAAGAAGUAUUGGAUUUAUAUGAUUGUUUCGAACUGGAAUGCAGAGGUCAGAUUACAAUGAAGGGUAAAGGCGAAAUGACAACAUACUGGCUAAUCGGUGAAAAAACACCACAAAACAAAUACGUAGCAACAGAAGAAGCUAAUUUACAAAACACCACCGUGACAAACCCAAGUAUCACAUUCCAGGGCCCAGAUAGUCCUGCCGCGCAUUCGCUCACCCAAAGUCACAGUCCAGAACAAAUGGACGUUAAGGAAACCAGCAAUCACCGACCGCUUGAGAUAAUGAACGAAAGAGAUCGUAUCAAACACGAAAUAGCGUCAUUCGUGGCCAAAGAUCUCAUAAACAAUAUAGACAAUGCUGUGAGAGAAUUCAGAAAAUCACAAAGCGCUAACUUCGCUAACUCAAUGACGAACACAAAGCUAUUGUGUAAUGGCAAUGAGAAAGGCCUAAUUACACCGACAUACGAUAAAGAAUUGGUCAUCAGCAAAGGCAAAGUACGCGAUGUCGUUAACAGAUUCAACAGUUGCAUUAUAACUACUAAUGAUAAUAAUCUAAAUAAAACACAAAAAAUAAAGGCGACGAACGCUGAAUAAUGAGUUUCUGAUUUAAAAUGAUAUCUCGCUCGGUCUAAAGUUUUUAAAGUUUUAGAUGUAUAUGUGAUUUUUUUUAUAUAUAUUUAAACAUGAAUUUCUAUUGAUGGAGUUGCCAGUGUAUUUAGUGCCAAGCACAAUAUAGGAAAGUAGUGGACAAACUACAUAUUUAUUUCAGAAUCUAGUUGCUAUUCUUAAGAAGUACAUUUAUUUAGAACAUUCAUAAAUUAAAAAUGAGCAUAGAACAGAUGUGGGUACGAGAAACCCACCACAAUCUUUGUAGGUAUACUUAAUUAAUAUUCUAGAUAUUACAGAUAUGUUAUGUUUUUAAUAGUUUUAGCAAAUUAUCGCAUAGGGCGAUGUUGAAAGAUGUAGUGAGAAUUUAACUAUAUAAUGGACUUCUUUAAAUGUUAAUAAUUAUACAUCCUCUAAAAAAAUUUUAGAAUUAGAAUCCUUAGUAUUUGUACCUAACUUUUGUACCUUGAAUACUUUUCUAGUCACCUUGUUUGAUGUUACCUCAUAUAUUCGUCUGUUUAUAAAUA